GAGGACGAGUGUGAACCGGAAACAAUAACUGAACAACCUAACAACCGUCCAUGACAACAGCAUCCAGCCACCGGCGACAAUAAAGAGGGCAGACAGCUGUACCUGUGUUUGUAACAAUGGAGGAAUAUAACUCUGGAGAUGAGGGCGUCUUCAAUGCUGAUGAGGCCAGUAUCUCAGUUAAAGAGUGUAUUGAAGGUGUCAUCGGUGGGACAGAUUAUAACCAGAGUAAAGUCAACCAGUGGACUGCCGGCAUCGUAGAGCACUCUCUGACUCAUCUGGUGAAACAAGGACGGCCGUUCAAAUACAUGGUAAACUGCACCAUCAUGCAGAAGAGCGGCGCUGGUCUCCACACGGCCAACUCCUGCUACUGGGACACCACCACUGAUGGAAGCUGCACAGUCAGAUGGGAGAACCGCACCAUGUACUGUGUGGUCAGUGUCUUUGCUGUUGCCGUGACACUGUAACAGCAGCACAGAGCCGCACCCUGCUCUUUCUCCCUCUCUCUCUCCUCUAGUAUCGUCAUGUCCCAAGCUGUGCUUGAAAUGGCACCGUGACCAACAAGCCGUGAACAUCCUCAGAUGAAAACCUUUGGUAGAAGUUAAUGUACGAGUAGCUUAUGUCUCCCCACAGGCUUGAACAACAUAACGUCAGGAUGGGCUGCAGCUGUGCAAGGGCGUUACUGGGUCAUGGUCAGAAUGGAAGCCUGAAGCAGUACUUUAAAAAAUUAUACUUUAGACAUAUCAAGGGUGUGUUCUUCAAUCAACAAAGUAUUGAUAAACACUAAAUAUUGUGAUCCAUCAAAUUGUUUCAGAUGCUGUAAAUUUUCCAUAAUGUAGAAGUUAAGUAGUUUUUUAUCAUUUGUCUCCUUCAGUACAUUCCAAAAUAAAACAGACUGAACUGUUGCUGUAGAGGAGAGUCGGUUUUUUAGAAAAAGUGAUUGUUGUCUUUUAGUAUGUAUAAGCAAGUCUACUUGUAUAAAGUGUUUGUACUAGUUUGCAUUGAUAUUUUACCCAUUUAUAUCUAAUUGUGAGGAUAUGAUUGUGAAUUUCCAGGCCAGGACUGUAUCAUGGUCCCAGCGACCAAUAAACUUUUUUCUUUGGACUUAACCUGCAGACGUCCUUGAAUUCUUGUGUUAAACUGUUUAAUUUAUGGAGGUUGUUUAAAUGAAUUAAUUUGUUAGAAUGUGUACAGUUCAGUCAAUAAAUGUAUUCAACAGUUUA